CACGCAUGCGCCGUAUAACCCCUAAUUUCAGGUAACUCGAUUAUAUUUCAGUUGUAGCUGAGAAAUGAAUGUCCACCGACGAAGGAUUAUUUAACUGUCACUUAUUCCUUCUUCAAAGUAUUUACUUACAUUCAAGUUGCUAAGGAGAUGCUAAACAUAAGGAAUUAGUGAAUGCGAUGAACGGCCGUCGUUUGAAAUGGAUGCUAAAGUGGUAUAUAUCAUUUCUAUUGCUGUAACUUCCGUCGGCAUAUUAGCAAGUGCAGAUUAUGGAGAUGAUACAUCAAAUGAACGGCUACAUAGACAGCGAAGGCAGACCGGUGCCGGAGGAGCCUAUUCUUCAAGUGGAACAUUUGCUUGGUGGAAGAUUGUUCUUGUGGUAGGUGGCGGGCUUGCUGGAAUGGAAAUUUUAUACUGCUGUUGUAAGAACUAUUUACGCAAGCAGGGAGCUGAUUCUGACGAGAAAAAUAAAGUACAAAAAGGAAAUGACAAUCGAUCGGAGAGCUCAAAAAAUACAAACCAACAAACCGCCAAUCACAUUCGCAAGAAUAAUAGUUUUGUUGAGGCAAUGGCACCGCAAGGAUAUUCAACGCUACGCGAGAAUAUGAGCCCUAGCCAUGAAUAUUAUUACUCUUCAAUACCAACUCUAGCAAGUAAGCAGACCUCGUACACACAACAGCAAAACACAUUCUACGUAGAUCAGCCACCGCCAGGAAAUUUUCAGUAUACACAUCACAUGAUAUCUGAAACAGACAGUCCAACCACCCAUUGGGGUCGCAAGAUGCACCCAUUGUUAGGGGCAUCAACAUUUGUCUGAGAGUUAGUAUUUGAUGAAGAUUUUAUAUAAGCAUUAAUUAUUAUUAAUGAGAAUAAUUAUUAUUAGUCUGACUUUUCAGUAUUUCCUUGUUUAUAUAAUAUUUAAAUAUUAAAUUAUUUUUUACAAAACUGAGUAUGCAUGAAACACAAUCAUCAUCAUGAUCACCAUGACAUUGGUAGUUAUCAGCACUGGUAUUACAAUUAGGUUGGUAAUUAUUGUCAUUGGUAUUUCUUAUAAUGAUAGUUAUCACCGUUAUACUUUAUUGAAAAGUAUUAUCACUGGUAGUAUCACUUUUAUAUUGGUAGGCCUUAUCGCCAUUGGUAGUUACCACAUUAAUGGUAAUUACUGUAUCACCAUUAUACUUACAGUUAUCAUAUUAUUGGUAGGCCCUAUUAAUCAAAAGCGUAACACAAUUAUUACUAUGACACAGAUAAACUUUAACUUUAAAAAUGAAAGCGACCAUGCCAGUGAACUUUAACAUUAAAGACAAUAGUUUUUACCAUGCUAUUGAUAGUUGUUAUAAAAGAGUAUACACUAAGUUAUAAACGGUGCCAAGAUCAAUUGAUUAUUGAUAGUUUUAAUACAAAAAUAAAGAUUGGAUUCGUAGAAAGUGUAAACGAUGAUCAAAGUGAUUUUAAUUGUAGUUCGAGACACUCUAUACGAUAUACAGUAUCAAUAUCAUUAUGACAAACAUAUGUUUGUCAUAAUGAUAUUGAUACUGUAGUAUCACUAUGCAAAUGAUGGUAAUCAUAAAAAGAUGGACUCUUUGAGUGUAAACGAUGAUCAACGUGAUUUUAAUUGUAGUCCAAGAUACUGUAUGCAGUAUAAUAUAUAUAUUUGUCAUAAUUAUAUUAAUAGUUAUCAUAAAUAUUGUAAUUAUCACUAUGAAAAUGAUGAUACAGUAAUCAAAAAAGUGAUAGGCCUAAUUAUUUAAGGUAUAACAAUGAUGAUAUUGAUCUCUAUAAUCCCGAUACGAUAUGUUAUCUUGGAGUUCGUAUACACUUAAAUAUUUAUUUAUAAAACACGGAAUACCGGUAACUAUUUUAGCAAAACAUGCAGCGUAACUAAAGUCAACAAACAGAAACUGAACUCUGCAGUAUGUCCAUAAAAUUGUGUAAGACAAUAAAUAUCUUUAACUUUGUUUUUGAUGUUCUUGUCAUUAACGAUUUUCUUCGUGGUAUUUUUGUCGUAUUAUCGUAAUAUUGUACUUAGAGACACGAAAAUAAUUAUCGAAUUAUAUCGAAUGAUAAUUGUACUCUGUAUUGAUGGUUUAUUAUCUUGUUAUUCUCGUGUACUGAUAUAUAUUAUUCUAAUUACUAAAAUUUAAUCUUGUAGUUUGAAAGUUAAUUUAUUUAUCAACAAAAAGAAGAUCGAUUAUUUGAUUCUUUAGAGCUUUCUCUUUUUGUGCAUCUUUUUAUGUGGGUUAGAUCGUAAAACGCGGUAUGAGAACACAGAAGACAAAACGAAUAUAUCGACAAAAAUUUGAAGGAAAUACAAAGGUAAUGGUUUAUUAUUUCGCACUAAAUGUCAGUAAAGAUGCUACUUUGUAGCUCACCCAAUAAAACAAGAUGUAUAAACAAUCCUUA